GUUCCCCUUCUGUUCUCGACUAGGCAACAAAAAGCCUUCUGUGUUUCUCUCAUUCUCGAGUUGAGUUUCUGGGGUUCUGACUUUUCACUAUCAACCUCCUGUUGUUGAUUGUUGAUUUCGGAAGUAUCACAGAAAUCCUGAGCUUUUAUUGAGAUUAAAGAAGAGGGUGGAGAGGUGAGUAGUGGAGGUUUGAACGGGAAACCAUGGUGGGUCGGUUUGCUUCCCGGAGAAAAAUCUGAGAUUCUGAUUCUUAAAAGCUUCUUAUACAGUGCUUUUGUGCUUACAGAAACAACAAAGAGAUAGGUGGGGGGUACUGUCUGGUGGCUGUCAAUUGUUGAGGGCUAUUGUUAAUUGUUGAGGGCUUUUGGAUGUUGAGGAAAGUCAAAAGACAAAUUGAGUUUUUGCAGAGAAUUCAUUUGAGUCCAAACCCACAUUUGAAAUCAUGGCAGAAGAUGAUAACAACAACGUUUUGGUUGAUAUGUCAACUGAAGAGUGGUUAGCACACGUCCAAGAGCUUGUUCCAGUGGCACUCGAGAAGGCUAAGAAGGUUAAGGGUUUCACUGGACGGUGGAAGAUCAUAAUUUCCAAAUUGGAGCAAAUUCCUUCAAGUUUAUCUGAUUUGUCAAGCCAUCCUUUCUUCUCUAAGAAUACACUUUGCAAGGAACUAUUACAGGCUCUGUCACAGACGUUUGAAGAAGCAAUUGAAUUGGCUCAAUUAUGUGCUAAAGAGAAGUAUGAAGGGAAGCUUAGGAUGCAAAGUGAUCUUGAUGCUUUGUCAGGGAAGCUGGAUUUGAAUUUGCGAGAUUGUGGGCUUUUUAUCAAGACAAGUGUCCUUGGAGAGGCUACUUUGCCUUUGACAGUGGCUGGUUCUCAGCAAGAGCCAGAGGCUGUGAUGCAUAGCAAUAUAAGGGAAGUUCUUGCCAGGCUUCAAAUUGGGCACUUGGAGUCAAAGCACAAAGCUCUUGACAGUUUAGUUGAAGUCAUGAAAGAGGAUGAAAAGAAUGUUUUGGCUGUUUUGGGGCGGAGUAAUAUUGCUGCUUUAGUUCAAUUGUUAUUAGAAACUUCUCCCCGCGUACGCGAGAAGACUGUAACUGUAAUCUGCUCGCUUGUAGAAUCAGGAGGUUGUGAGAAUUGGCUUGUUUCUGAAGGCGCUUUACCUCCCCUUAUAAGGCUUGUUGAGUCUGGCAGUGCAGUGGGGAAAGAGAAGGCUACUAUUUCACUUCAAAGGUUGUCAAUGUCUGCAGAGACUGCCAGGGAAAUCUUUGGGCAUGGUGGGGUUCGGCCACUGAUUGAGCUAUGCCGAACUGGUAAUUCUGUUUCACAGGCGGCUGCUGCUUGUUCUUUGAAGAAUAUAUCAGCUGUCCCUGAGGUUCGACAAACUCUAGCUGAAGAAGGAAUUGUAAAGGUCAUGAUCAAUCUCCUCGAUUGUGGAAUUCUUUUGGAAUCUAAAGAAUAUGCAGCAGAGUGCUUGCAGAAUCUCACUGCAAGCAAUGAGAACCUUAGAAGGUAUGUUAUUUCGGAAGGUGGUAUUCGGAGCCUAUUGGCAUACGUUGAUGGUCCGUUGCCCCAAGAAUCCGCAGUUGUGGCAUUGAGGAACUUGGUUGGCUCAGUUUCUAUGGAAAUGUUGGUUUCUCUCGGCUUCUUUCCUCGCUUGGCUCAUGUGCUUAAAUCUGGAUCGCCCGGUGCACAACAAGCUGCUGCAUCAGCAAUCUGUCGGGUUUGCAACUCAACUGAGAUGAAAAAACUGGUGGGUGAAGCAGGGUGCAUUCCCCUGCUAGUCAAGAUGCUUGAAGUUAAAUCAAACAGUGUUAGAGAGGUUGCUGCACAAGCUAUUUCAAACUUGAUCACCCUUUCAGUGAAUUGCAGAGAAGUUAAAAGGGAUGAUAAAUGUGUGCCAUAUUUGGUCCAACUACUUGAUCCAAGCCCACAGAACACUGCAAAGAAAUAUGCUGUGUCCUGCCUUACGUCUCUCGCUUCAAGUAAGAAAUGCAAGAAACUGAUGAUUUCUUAUGGAGCAAUUGGGUAUCUAAAGAAGCUUAGUGAAAUGGAAGUACCAGGUGCCAAGAAGCUGCUUGAGCGCUUGGAAAGAGGAAAGCUAAAAAGCUUGUUCAGUAGGAAAUAGAGGGAGCACCAUCCUGCUUUGUACCAUGAUUCAUGAAGGUUUUUUUCCCUGUACAAGCAUUUUUCAUUAUUUGUAUGAAACAAAGUAGCUAGAUCUGAAUCAAAGAUCUUAAGGUGUUAAUCUAUGCAAUCAAAGUGUAAUUAUUUACAGUAUAAAAUAUUAAUUGUUCCUCUAUGUCUCUUUUCUGCAGA